AUAAAACCCUUUUCCCGAGUGGGUCGAUGGGAACCCUUUCCUUCUGUUGUAUGUAGUUCAUUUUUCUUAUAUUUUACUGUGAGAGGAAGCACCGAGUCAUCUCUGUCUUGUUUCUUCUUCUUCGUCUCUCUCUCUCUCUCUCUCUCUCUCUACUUUUCGGCACCUUUUGCGUUUCUGCAAUCGACCUUGCGCUUCAAUGGCCAAUAGCAACCUUCCUCGAAGAAUCAUCAAGGAAACUCAGCGUCUUCUCAGCGAACCAGCUCCUGGAAUCAGUGCGUCGCCUUCUGAAGAUAACAUGCGAUAUUUUAAUGUGAUGAUCCUAGGUCCUACUCAGUCUCCAUAUGAAGGAGGCGUUUUCAAGUUGGAGUUAUUUUUACCUGAAGAAUAUCCAAUGGCUGCCCCUAAGGUCCGGUUCCUCACCAAAAUAUAUCAUCCUAACAUUGAUAAGCUUGGAAGGAUAUGUCUUGAUAUUCUCAAAGACAAAUGGAGUCCUGCUCUCCAGAUAAGGACUGUUCUUCUGAGCAUUCAAGCACUUCUUAGUGCUCCAAAUCCAGAUGAUCCACUUUCUGAGAACAUUGCUAAGCAUUGGAAAACAAAUGAGGCAGAGGCUGUUGAAACCGGUAAUGCUUACUUUCUUGCUGUGUUGGUCACAUGGACCAUAGCCACUCGAGCACUGAAAAGGGUUUGAUAGUAAUAUUAAUUAAUUUCACCAGUUUGCAGUUUAUUGCUGCCCUCAUCUUUUUACUGAGUGAGGUUUUUUUUUUUGGUUCCCCUUGAACCCUGCAGCAAAGGAAUGGGCCAGGCUAUAUGCAAGUGGUGCCUAAUGAUAUAACGGCAGAUCUUGGAUGUUUGUGCUUAUUUCAAAUAACAUUUAUGCAAUGUAUGUUAUUUGACUGAUGGUUUCAAAUGGAAAAUUGAAAGAACUACAUUUGAACAAUCCGCAUUUGAUAUCCUCAAGGCUUCCAAUUUACUUACUACCUGUUAAUUGUUCCCCAUGCUCUGGAACCUUUUCAAAGUUGUAUAAUUAGAUUCCAAAAAAAGUACCUUGUCUUGCAAA